AAAAACUUACGGCCCAAAGAAACUCGAAAAACUAUUUCUUUCAUUCAGGACAGGUCGCAAAACCCUGCAUGCAAAUCCCUCACUCGGACACGCUCUGGCUUUCUGCGUCGCUGAAGAACGUCGAGAACAAUGAGCUGGAAGAGUUUUCUCCUCCGCAUCGGCGACAAGAGCUCCGAGAGACGUGCUUUGGAGCUUUGCGGCGUGAGCCGGAGCAUUCUCCCGACGAUGUUUUGGCUUUCCUUCUCGAAUGUGCGGAGCAGUUGCCCCACAAGAUUCCUCUCUAUGGGACAGUGGUUGGUUUAUUGAACUUGGAGAAUGAGGAUUUUGUUAUAAAACUAGUGCAGAAUUUACAAACUGAUUUUCAGGAUGCAUUAGAUUCUGGGAGUUGUGAUAGAGUUCGCACGUUGAUGCGGUUUCUUACUGCUCUGAUGUGCAGUAAAGUUCUCCAACCUGCUUCUCUGGUGGUUGUCUUUGAGACCUUAUUGUCUUCAGCUGCCACAACAGUAGAUGAGGAGAAAGGCAAUCCAUCCUGGCAAGCAUGUGCCGACUUUUAUGUAACUUGUAUUUUAUCCUGUCUUCCGUGGGGAGGAGCUGAACUUAUUGAGCAAGUUCCUGAGGAGAUCGAAAGAGUCAUGGCUGGCAUUCAAGCCUAUUUAAGCAUUAGAAGUCAUGUUUUAGACACUGGUUUAUCAUUUUUUGAGGGUGAUGAAACUGGAAAAGAUCUUGCUGAGAAGGAUUUCCUUGAAGAUUUAUGGGAACGGAUUCAAGUCCUGUCUAGCAAUGGAUGGAAACUUGAUAGUGACCUUACCUUUCAUUUGAAGCCCAGCUAGUUGCUGGAAAGUCUCACGAAUUUGGGGCCAUCAGUUGCCCUGAGCUGCCUGAUCCCCCUUCAACACUCUCUGAGAUAACAUAUGGUGAACAAAGGCAUAUUGCAGAGCUGAAGUAUCCUCAAAGGUUGCACAGACUUAACAUAUUCCACACUAGUAAAACUGAGGAUUUGCAGCCUAUAGAUCGUUUCGUUGUUGAGGAAUAUUUGCUUGACGUGCUUUUGUUCCUGAAUGGCUGCUAGUCGAAAGGAAUGUGCUUCUUUCAUGGUUGGCUUGCCUGUGCCCUUCCGAUGUGAGUAUCUUAUGGCUGAGGCAAUAUUCUCUCAGUUACUUCUGUUACCACACCCCCCAUUCAAGCCACUUUAUUACACACUGGUUAUUAUGGACCUCUGUGAGGAAGAAGAAGAUUGAGUGAUUGAUCUAUUCCAAUGUGAAGAAAAGGGGAGUUGUUUGUUUGUGCAGCGGUGGGCCCCACUUUUUUUUUUUUUUUUUUUUUCAAUUCAUCUGCCUCAACACCUUCAACCCUUACGUCUUCUUCAUUGGAAAAUUUCGACACAUUGGAAACAGAACUAUAUUCUUCAUCAAUGCGGUUGACAUGUGAUGAGCUAAGUUUACUUGAAGAGAGAUUCUUAGUUACUUUAAGUAAUGUAAUGAUAAAAAUUAAAUAUGAUA